AUGAGCUCCACGGCCGUCGAGUUCGGACUCAUCAACACCUUCCGCACGCACAACGUGCUGGUCGACACGCUGCUCUGCAUGCUCGUGCCGCUGCUCAUCCAGAAGGUCGUGGCCUACGUGCAGCAGUCGCCCAAGUCCCUCUUCGCCAUGCUCAGGCACUUCCUCUUCCCGGAGAAGGAGGAGCGCCGCGUCUCGCGAGUCAUCGAGGUCAAGCAGCGCUUCAACCGCUGGGGCAAGGUCUGGGACUACGACCAGAAGAACCACCUGUUGCAGAAGGCCAUCUCGCUCUACCUGGCCGACGUGCUGGACCUCAAGAGCAAGAACGCCCAGUACGAGCUACUCGAGAAGACCAAGCGGAGGAGGUCCAAGGCCACCAAGGCCCUGCUGGACGCGGCCGUCAGCGAGUCCGACUGUUCCACGACCGGCUCCGAGUCUUCGUCGGACAGUGACGACGACGACGAGUACUACGGCGAGGUCAACCGGCUCAACGUCGAGGCGCUGCCCCCGCUCAAUGAGUGGAUCAAGAUCGAGCCGGGUGUGUACUUCAAGCACGAGACCGCCGCGCCCGAGAGCUCCGGCGGCGACAAGAAAGUCACUGUCAAGGAGUCGACGGUGAACUUCCGCUUCGAGUCGGCGCUGCCUGACGCGUCCAAGCGCAUCGACGCCAUCAUCGACCGGGCCUUCAUCAACUACCAGGCCAUUGAGCGCCGCAAGCACGUGGAGGACAACGCCCGCUACUUCUACAUCCAGGCUGACACUGCGACUGGCAGCGGCGGCGGCGGCGACGGCGACACGGCUACGCCUGUGGUCGCCUACAAGCGCUACGCGCUGGGCGAGGAGAAGACGUUCGACAACCUCUUCUUCGAGGAGAAGCAGCAGGUGCUGCAGCUGCUCGACAACUUCGAGUCGCGCUCGGGCAAGUUCGCCAUCAAGGGCUUCCCGUACAAGCUCGGCCUCUUGCUGCACGGCCCGCCCGGCACGGGCAAGACCAGCCUCAUCAAGGCCAUCGCGCAGUACACCAAGCGCCACGUCGUCACGAUCUCGCUCGGCAAGAUCAAGACCAACCAGCAGCUGCUCGACGCGCUCUUCGACAUGAAGUUCGCCGUACAGGGUCUGGACUCGCCGGUCGAGAUGGACUUCGAGGACGUCGUGUUCGUCAUGGAGGACAUCGACUGCGCGUCUUCUAUCGUGAAGGCGCGUGCGAGCGACGCCGCGGAGAGCAAGAGCGCUGGCACCGGCGACAAGCCUCAGCAGCAGUCCGAAGACGACAAGCUCGUGUCCUCGAUGAUCAAGGCCUGCCUCGAGGACGAGAAGAAGUACAACAUGCGCAACGACAAACUCAACCUGUCGGGGCUGCUCAACGUGCUGGACGGCGUCAUCGACUGCCCCGGUCGCAUCGUCAUCAUGACGACCAACCACCCGGAGAAGCUCGACCCGGCGCUUGUGCGUCCUGGUCGUGUGAACAAGAAGCUGCUGCUGGGCUACAUGGGCUGCGCGCAGAUCCAGCAAAUGAUCGAGUACUACUGCGUCGCCAAGCUGGACGAGUCUCAGGUUCGUCGACUGGGUGACGCAUUCGAGUUGUCGCCGCAAGCGUUCACGCCGGCAGAGAUCGAGGAGCUAUGCGCCGAGCACGAGGACGUGGACGCGGUGCUCGGUGGAUUCGAGCGGCUCGCUGCGAGGCACUAAGGCAACACUGCACUGACACCUCCACACUACUGUACCAUGCUAGACUGCACGUCUUUCUUCAAAUCUUCAUUAAUCAAUUCAACGACACUUGCGCAGUUGUAUUUCCUU